GCAGCGUCUUCAGUAUCCGAGAGUUUAAGGAGAGACGAACUGCAGCCGAAGAAAUCUCAGAAAUUGAAAAGACAUCAGUGAAGAGAUCAGCUGGCCACGCAGACUGUUGGAUAUCCGAGAUAAAGUCACACAGACCUCCCACAACAACAUGAAGUGUGAGGAAGAGGAGGGUCUGGAUGACCAGCAGGUCUGUAACCAGGAGAGAAAUUCCAGUCUGAACAAGCAGAGCCCAGAGCUCCCACAGAUUAAAGAGGAACAGGAGGAAGUCUCCACCACUCAGGAUGUAGACUCGCUUGUAGUGAAGCAGGAGGCUGAAGGAAUCAUCGUCUGGACUGGGGAAGAGCGGCUCAGACUACUGGAUACAAUCUGGAAAUGUGAAAAACACGACAAAGACUUCCCGCAACAACAUGUCUGUAAGCAAGAGGAGGAUCUGGAUGACCAGCAGGUUUUUAACCAGGGGGGCAAUUUGAGUCUUGACCACGAGGACCCAGAGCUUCCACAAAUUAAAGAGGAACCAGAGGAACUCUGCACUAGUCAGGUGCUUGUGCUGAAGGUCGAGACUGAUACCUUUAUGGUGACUUCUACUUAUGAGGAACCUGAACCAAACAGUGACCAGCUUCUUUCUUACAACUCUCCUGAACCAGAAAGUCGAGAUGAGGAUGAAAGUGAGCAUGUAGACUCAGGAUCAAAUAGAAAUGCAAAGCCUGAGAAGAGAGGACAUCACAGAAACAGUAACACAGCAGACAGCUGUCCUGUGUCAGAGAGUGAAACGUCUUUAAAAUGUGACACUUGUGGAAAAACCUUUGAAUAUAAAUACAAACUGACAAAACACCAGAGAGUCCACACAGGUGAGAAGCCACAUUCUUGUAGCACUUGUGGAAAAAUUUUUAGUUACCUGUCUGCGUUAAAAACUCACAUGAGAAGUCACACAGGUGAGAAGCCAUAUUCUUGUAGCAUAUGUGGAAAAAUAUUUAGUUACCUGUCUGCAUUAAAAACUCACAUGAGAAGUCACACAGGUGAGAAACCACAUUGUUGUAGCACAUGCGGGAAAAGGUUCAGUGAUCUGAUGAACUUGAAAUCUCAUAUAAGAGUCCAUACUGGUGAGAAGCCAUAUUCCUGUAGCACCUGUGGAAAAAGAUACAGUGAUAGGACGAACUUGAAAACUCACAUGAGAAUUCACACAGGUGAGAAGCCAUAUUCCUGUAACCUCUGUGGUAAAAGAUACAGCGAUAGGACAAACUUGAAAACUCACAUGAGAACGCACACAGGUGAAAAGCCAUAUUUCUGUAGCGCCUGUGCGAAAAGAUUCACUUAUAGGAUACAGUUGAGAAGACACAUGAAAAUCCAUGUUGGUUAAAAGCUUCCUACUUAGAUAAUGUUUGAAAGCUGUUAGGUGGAACAGUUUAAUAGUGGAGCACAUGUCCAUGAGGAACCAAAUCACUUCAAAGCCUGAAGGAAGAGCUCAUACCAUUUUCAUCCAUUCAUCCCUUUUAUGGCACUUUUCCAGGGCCAAAUGUUAGGGCACGCAGUCUAGGCAGAGAAUUAUAGACAUCACUCAUCCCGACAACCUGCUUUAGCUCAUUUGGGGGACACCAAGGCAUUAGGUUCUAGGUUAGCCAUAAUAUAUUAUUUCUGUAGUGUGGUCCGUGUCUGCCCUCGGGCCCCUUUAUGUUGGAACACCUCACCUAGGAAAAGCUCAGGAGGCAUCCUAUUCAGAUGUCUGAGCCACCUCAAUUGGCUGCAUGCCACAUUAUUUUUAAAAUUUAAGUUGUGUACAUAGAACAAGAUACAAAGCCUUAAAAUGUGUUAAAAACACAACAGCCUUGAUAAACAUGGAGUAGUUAGGAUCUAAAAGCAGGGUUCAUCACGUCAUCACUUAAAGACCAGAUGACAACAAGCCAGAUACCCCAUGCUCCUAUGAGGAUAAAGAGCUGGACCUGAACCUGUGGUUCGAUUAACACAGAGUCAUUUCUCUUGUACCCUGGCAUAGAUCUUUCCAGGAGUCAGAAUAAUGUGUUGCCUCUGUAAUUGGAGCACAUCUUCCAGUCCCCCCUUCUUAGGCUACCACUCCAGUCAGAGUUGUAGCCUUAGAUUGAAAAAGCAGAGAGGUGUGUCAGCCAAGAAAGUGCCACAACAUUCAGAGUGUUGAGAAACUCAUGGUGAAUCUCAUCCACCCCAGCAGCCCUGCCACCAAGGAGUUGUUUAACUACCUCAAUGACCUCAGCCCCAGUAACGGGCAAGUCAUCCCCCUAGUCUCCAGACUCUACUUCAUGUACAGAAAGCAUGUCAGUGGGAUUCAGAAAAUCCUUCAGCUUUUCUAUUUCUUGUUUCCUCAGUUCAAGCCAGCAGCACCCCACCCAUACUAUACAACAUAUGAGUACAGCACCACUUUGCCCUCCUGAGUCACUUGGUAGUUUGCCAGAAUCCCUUUGAGGCAGAUCAAAAGUCUUGUUUCAUGGAUUAACCAGACUCCUGCACCAGAGAUUUUUGUUUCAGCUUCUUCCAGAGCCACACUCUGCUUGGCCCAGUGGAAUCUGUUUCCUUUGGAAUCCCACAGGAUAACCACAGGAGCUCUUUCAGUUUGACAACUCCCUUCACCUUGGUUAUUCACCAUCUGUUCAGGGAUUACCCCAUAACAGGCAACUCCCAGCCAUAGCUCCGUGCAGGUGCCUCAACAGUGAAGGUGCAGAACAUGGUCCACUCAGACUCAAUGUACCCAGGCUUCCUCAGAAAACUGCUACUUGAUCCAUCUCACCACCAGGUGGUGAUCAGUUGGCAGCUCUGUUCCUCUAUUCACUCAUGUGUCCAAGACCACCAAUAAAACAUUGACAAAAUCUAUCCUUGACCUUUGACCUGGGGUGUCCUAGUACCACAUGCACUUGUGCGAAUAACUUAUGCUCAGACAUGGUGGUUGGCAUAAAAGUCCAGUGACAAAACAUCACAAAAAAUCACACCCCUCUAGUGUGCAAUAUCAUGUAGACAUGAACAUUAAAGUCUAAAAAUAGAAAAAUAAAGUGUCCAGAUGUGUCACUUUCCAGCACCCCACCUACUGACUUUAAUAAAGCUGGAUAUUCUGAACUGUCAUUCACCUAUAAUCAGGACCAGGACCUGUUCCCUGACCCAAAGGUGCAGGGGAAAAGACACACUCGUCCACUGGGAAAACCCUAUUGUACAGACAGUGAACUUGGUGAGAUAUUAGUAUACCCAUCCCUGCCUGUUGCCUUUCUGUGUAUGGGGAAUCUAGAGUUUGGAAGAGUGGAACAUCUCCAGAGCCUGAGCCAUGCAUUCAGGUGAACCUUACUAUGUCUAGCCGGUCCCUCUCAAUCUCAUGCACUAGCUCAGAUUUAUGUCCUACCAGAGAGGUGACAUUCUAUUUGUCAACUUCAGUUUUCCUACAAUGAGCCAGGGUUACAACUCCUGGAGCCUCUGCCCUUCACUGCGACCCAAAGUGCAUUGCACCCGACCUCUACAGUGCUUUCUGCAGGUGCGGAGUCUGCAAGAGCCCCAUGGGUUAAGGUGUGCCCACCAGGUGUUCUCUCUUGAGCCUUCUCCCUAGGCCUGGCACAGAGACAGGCACCAGUAUCCAUGUCCUGGGCAGGGUGAACUGGUCCCUUGUUUUUCCUUGCUUCAAAGGGGUCACCUAAAUCGCUCAUCACUGGCCCCUCACACAGGAACAAUUUGCCUGGGAGACCCUACCAGGGUCAAGCCUCUGACAUCAUAGCCACUGUGAUCACUGGGACAAACAAGCCCGGCUAAUUUUACAUAUGUCUGUAUUUGUACUUUUGUUAUUCUUUUAAGUUGUAGAGGUGACACUUAAAACAUGUAAAACAGCUUAAAACAGCUGUAGAUUGAAGUUCUUAAUCGUUUUCACUAAACUAAGCUUUGUUGUACAAAAUAAAGCAUGAAUUUUAUUUGGCUUGUUGCUUUUGU